GCUGAGAAGCUGAUGUUUCCUCGACUUCCAACUGGAACCUUGAACCCCCACAUUUCUGGACCUUGAGCAUUCCUCAAGUAGGAAGAUAUCCCAGAGGAGACAGACAUCGGAUGGCUGGUGAGAGAGAAGCCUUUAAUGAAAGAUGAGUUGCAGGCUUGGACCGCUACUCUUGCGCCCUUGUUACCUCCUCCUAAAAUGUCUGCAUUUACCCAGAUAAUCUUCCAAUGGAAAUCCAUGGUUCAAGUGCCACCUCUUCAGGAAAGCCAUCUGACUUCAAUCAGAAUCGACCACGGAAAUUUGACACCUCCGGGCUUGGAAGCAGCUCUCUCCUCCUUCCCCCCUGCUUAUAAACCUCAGCCCUGAGGCUCCAGCUCACUCUACCCCAUCUCCUUGCCGGGUCAGCCCUGACAAAGGUCAGCUAGCCCCUUGAGGACAUCAGCUUUGGCCUCAGGGUCCUAAUGGCAGCAGAACCGCUGACAGAGCUAGAGGAGUCCAUUGAGACCGUGGUCACCACCUUCUUCACCUUUGCAAGGCAGGAGGGCCGGAAGGAUAGCCUUAGCGUCAACGAGUUCAAAGAGCUGGUUACCCAGCAGUUGCCCCAUCUGCUCAAGGAUGUGGGCUCUCUUGAUGAGAAGAUGAAGAGCUUGGAUGUGAAUCAGGACUCGGAGCUCAAGUUCAAUGAGUACUGGAGAUUGAUUGGGGAGCUGGCCAAGGAAAUCAGGAAGAAGAAAGACCUGAAGAUCAGGAAGAAGUAAAGCCGCCUGGCUGAGAUGGGGUGGGCAGGGCAGAGCUGGUCAGGGCCGAGCAGAACCGCACUCUUCCCAAAUAAAGCUUCCUCCUUGAAACACAAA